AUGGCCACCGGAAUCGACGCCGAGGCGCCUCAUAACAACUUCGACACCAUCUUGGUGUUGGAUUUCGGCAGCCAGACCAGCCAUCUGAUUCUCCGUCGCCUGCGAGCCCUCAGUGUUUAUGCUGAGAUGCUCCCCUGCACCACCAAGCUUGCCGAUCUCACCUGGAAGCCCAAGGGUAUCGUCUUGUCUGGAGGUCCCUCCUCCGUUUACGACGAAGGCUCACCCCACGUUGACCCCGCUGUCUUUGAGCUUGGUGUUCCGAUCCUUGGUAUUUGCUAUGGCUGCCAGGAAAUUGCUUGGCAGACCGACUCUGCGAACGUUGCUCGCGGAAUAGCUCGAGAGUACGGCCACGCUGACGUCACCAUCCACAAGGUUGACAACCAUGUCGACCGUCUCUUCGCUGGUCUGGGCGAGACCAUGCAUGCCUACAUGAGUCACUUCGACAAGCUCGUCCGCCUGCCUGAGGGGUUCGUUGUUGUGGCCAAGACUGCCAACUCCGAGUUUGCUGGCAUUGCUCACCAGUCAAAGCCCAUCUUUGGCGUGCAAUUCCACCCCGAGCUCGAACACACUCCCCGUGGAAGUGAGCUCUUACGCAACUUCAGUGUCGACAUUUGCGGAGCUCAACCCAACUGGGUCAUGAGUGACUUCAUCGAGCAGGAGAUUGCUCGUAUCAGGAAGCUUGUUGGCGACAAGGCCCAGGUUAUUGGAGCUGUUUCUGGCGGUGUCGACAGCACAGUGGCCGCCAAGCUUAUGAAGGAGGCAAUUGGUGACCGCUUCCACGCUGUCCUCAUCGACAACGGCUUGAUGCGUCUCAACGAGUGCGAGCAAGUGAAGGAGACUCUUCAACAGCAUCUCGGAAUCAACCUUACGGUAGUUGAUGGCGCCGAGCUCUUCCUCGGCCGCCUCAAGGGUGUCAGGGAACCCGAGAAGAAGCGCAAGAUCAUUGGAGAGACCUUUAUUGACUUGUUCGAGAAAGAGGCCAUCAGAAUCGAGAAGGAAGCAGAGAACACCCCCAACGCCGGAAAAGUCUCUUGGUUCCUCCAGGGAACGUUGUACCCGGACGUCAUCGAGUCACUGAGCUUCAAGGGCCCUUCUGCCACUAUUAAGACGCAUCACAACGUCGGUGGUCUUCCCAAGCGAAUGAUGGACGGCCAAGGCCUACGCCUCUUGGAACCUUUGCGCGAGCUCUUCAAGGACGAGGUCAGGGCACUUGGUAGGCGUCUUCAGAUUCACGAGGACCUCGUGAACCGACAUCCUUUCCCCGGACCUGGCAUCGGAGUUCGUGUCCUGGGAGAUAUUACCCCUGAAAGAGUUGAAAUCGCGAGAAAGGCCGACCACAUCUUCAUUUCUAUGAUCAAGGAGGCCGGAAUCUACAACGAGAUGUCCCAAGCCUACGCUGGUUUGGAUACCAACAAGGCUGUUGGCGUCAUGGGAGACACCCGUGUCUAUGGAUAUAUCGUCAUCCUCCGAGCUGUCACAACUAGUGACUUCAUGAGCGCCGAGCCCUACGAGUUCUCCUUCAAAUUGCUCAAGGCCAUGGCUCGCAGGAUCGUCAACGAGGUGGACGGAGUCUCCCGAGUCACAUAUGACCUUUCUUCGAAGCCUCCCGGCACCAUCGAACUGGAGUAG